AUGCAAAAAUGUUUCACCACUGCUGUCAGGUAAAACAUUUUCGCCACCAGUGAGCGAAGAAAAUCCUUGGGAAAAUCACAAUUCCCCAAUUUCUUCCCUAUUCAUCGUCUUUUUUUCACUUCCUCGUAUCGUUAUAGCCCAGUACAGAGUCAGUGGUAGUGAAGGUGGUGUCGAUGUUUGUGAAAUUGUCCAGAAGAAUCAGAAAAUCCAAUAGGAAAUUUUCUAAUUCACCUUGUGUGAGUGUGUGUGGCGUGGAAAAUGAACUUGACCCGCGGUGAGAAAAGUGUUCCUCAGUGAGCCCCCCAAUUGCCUGGGUAUUUCGCAUAAUUCUUUGCACGGAGUGGAACUCACGGGGCUACUUACAGUGUCUGCAGUGCCGUGGGACAAAUGUUGAGAGUGCACCGGAAGAGGAAUUUGCGUGUCUUCUGUGUUUGCUGUCCACAGCCAUUUCGUCCCAAUCUCUGACGCGCAUCAGUGGAAUCUUUUCUUUUUUUUUUUCAUUUUUAGUUUACUUUUCACAUUAUUAUUUUUCUUAUUAUACCUUUUUGUUGCCCCCUGGCACGUUAAAUUUAUCUGAUUUUGUGAAAAAAAAAAAAGUGGUGACGUGAGUGCUUCCCACAGGAUAACCGGAUAUUUCUUGUGGGUGUUUGGUGUGAAAAGUGCUCCGUGUGGGUGCUGGUGAAGGAGUCAAGGAGGAAGCACAAAAAUGCGUUGGCUACAGAAGGGCAACACCACAAUUUUGUGGCUUUUCUUCUCUGCCCUAAUCCAAAUCACUGUCGAUGCCCUCGAGACGAGUGGCGACCACAUUCAGGAGGACCUAGAUGGACAUCAGCGUUCCCACACGCCCACACCCCCGACAAAAUUCAACCCUGCCGAAACAACAGGCAGUGGCGGGGUCAUGGGUGGUGGUCAGGUGUCACCGGGGAGUCCACCGCCCCACUUCGGGCCAGCACCACCGAAUCCAGCUGUCGGGGAAUCUCGCAGCUCGUAUGCAAUGCUAAGCCAGGCAAUGUCAAAGGCGGUUAGCCAUGAGUUCAGCAGUAUUUCUGGAAGUGGAUCCUCCGAUGGGUCAUGUCAUGCUGAUGAUCUUGAUUGCUUUGGUACUGUUCACGAUCGACUGGAAAUGGAGGCUAUAAGAUCACUGCAUCAGCAAUUGGAUGAUGAUGACAAUGGGAAUAUUGACAUUGCCGAAUCCGAUGAUUUUCUGCGUGAGGAACUAAAAUACGAUUCGGGAUAUGAGAAACGCCACAGAGCUUUUCAUUACAACGAUGAUAUGCACAUUUCUGUGAAGGAGCUUUGGGAAGCAUGGCUGAGGUCUGAAGUGCACAAUUGGACAGUGGAACAAACAAGCGAAUGGCUUGCCCAGAGUGUUCAAUUGCCACAGUAUGUGGAUUUGUUUAAGCAUCACAAAGUUGCUGGAGCUACAUUGCCGCGCUUGGCAGUGAAUAACAUGCACUACGUGGGAAAUGUGCUGGGUAUCAAAGAUCCAAUUCACAAACAGAAAAUUGCCCUAAAGGCAAUGGAUGUGGUGCUCUUUGGUCCACCAAGAGAGACUGGAACACGGUGGAAAGACUAUAUUCUCGUGACACUACUGUUGAGUGUGAUUUUUGGAUGUUGGUACGGUUAUCAGCAGAAUAAGAAUUCAAAGACUCACCUCCGGCGCAUGGCGAAGGAUAUGGAAGGACUUCAAAAGGCUGAACAAGCACUUCUUGAGAUGCAGAAAGAGCUCGAGCGUGCCCGAAUGGAACAGGAGAAUGUAGCGACGGAGAAGAUGGAUCUGGAGCGUCGUCUCAAGGAGACUCCAUCCCUUACAUCAUCAAGCUCGGAUCUCGAAGUGCAGGCACUAAAGCAGGAGAUUGAAAUGCUUAGGACGGAGCUGUCGAGGGCAGAAAUUGAACUUGUUGACCACUGUUGGUCACCACCGCAGGGUCUACAGACAUGGCUUCAGCUCACCUAUGAGCUAGAGAGUAAGAAUCACCUCGUAAAGCGCCGUUCGGCUGAAAAGCAACUCCAGGCGGCACGAGAGGCGUGCGAGAAGCUGAAAAGGAAGCGCACAAGUUUAGUGGGUGCUUUUGUAUCUACACACGGGAAGAGUAUCGAUGAUGUAGACAGGAGUAUCGUUGAGGCACGAAAUGCCCUCGGUGAGGUCACCAAUGAACUUCAGGAGCGAAUGCAUAGGUGGAAACAAAUUGAACAACUUCUUGGGUUUAGUAUUGUCAAUAAUAAUGGCCUACCAUACCUCGAGAGUAUCCUCUAUGCCCGCAACGGGGGAAUUACCACCAAAACUGGCAGAGGACGUGUCACAAACAGUCAAGAUGAUUUAGAUGAUGAUUCCACACAAGGACGAAUGGACAGUUUCGAUCGCAUGUUCGAUGAUUCUUCAGCCAGUGAGGACGGAGAUGUGAAUCCUCCAGUGAACCCAGUUAAAUUUAUUGUCGGUUCUGGAUCACCCACACCACAAACAUCGGGACUCAACUCUCUCCACAAUAUCAUAAAAAAUGCAGAUAGCUUGGGAUCGUUAGCAUCAUUUGAAGAUACAGCACAUCGACAUUCAUGCGAGAGAAUUCUUCCACGUGAUUUACCACGUGUGGGGAAAAAGUUGAUUCCCAGUCAGGUUCCACCACCACCGCCACCACCAACUUUUAUCACCGGAAAGGCCCCAAUGCCACCGCCAAGGAGAAGUCUCAGCAGUUCCUUUAUUAAGAGGUCUCAAAGUACAGACAUGGUCCCCGUGGAGUCCCCAACAUCGACGAGCUCUCUGGUCUCAUCGAGCAGCACUAUCACAUCCACAGUCAGCGAGCUUUCCUCCACUUCACACAACACCCAGCAGCAGCAGCAUGACAACGAGGAUGUCACGCCACCGUCUACGGACUCAUCGACUGUUGAUGAUGAGUUCAAGAAGCGUCGACGAAAACUCUUCCUCUCGUUCGGACGAAAGUCCUCCAAGAAUAAAUCAGCCUCUUUCACGCACUAAUUGCAAUGAGAGUCUUCAAAGUUUGAAUCUUUCCGUGCAGAGUAAUCCCUUCUAAAAGAAGAAAACAAAAUUAGUGAUUCUUCUUCCAUCACACGUUGAUCUUGUGAUACCAUAUUAUGGGAUUUAUUAGGGAAAAUUAAAUUGUAUAAAAGAAAUGUAUGUAAUUACAAGAGGAGGAUUCAGUGCAAUGAGUACUCCUUCUGAGAGGCAAAGGGGAUACAGCCUAUAGCCAAUGUCAAUUAACAAACAAAAUAAAUUGAUAAAGACAGGAAAAGAGUAAAUAAAGGUGAAUUUUAUUCAAUUACACGCGCGAAAGAGUAUUCAUUGGUAAAGUUGGACGUAAUGAGGAAAAAGAAUGUGGUAAUAUUGCAAAAAAAAACGAAAAACAAUAAAUUGAAAUUGUCAAGCAACGAUAAGGUGGAAAAAAGUAAUAAGUAUUUUUACCUUUUUAUUACCUACAAUUAUAUAAAUUAUAUUUAUUUGUCAAUGAUAAUAAAAGAAAUAAUGACGUGAAUAGUGAAGGAAACUAUUUAAAUAAAAAAAAACACUUAAUUUUAAGGGUAUACAGUGAAUUUUUAAGCUUUAAGGGGUACACCAUAAUUUCACUUAAUAAUUUGUAAUAGAUACUUAAUUUUAUUCUUUUCCUUUCCGAGUACUCGAAAGAUCCUCUUUUAUGCUAUUAUGUAAAUUGAAAUAUUUACGCAAAAAGGAAUUCUUUUUUGUGAUAAUUUGUAGGUAAAAUCCUUCCCUGAAGUGAUGAAAAAAUAUUAUCAAAUUAUCCAUUCCCUGAUCUUUUAACACACUUAAAAAAAAAGAAUUUUGCAAUAUAAACUAAUAGAAAAAAUUUAUAUACCUACUUAUAUAUUUAUUAUGUAUGAUAAUGAAAUAUUUGACAAAAGAGGAAUGAGAUUUUUUACGAGAUUUUGCUAUUAAAAUUAAAUUAUUGGCUCCUUUUUUAUUAAAAAGAAAUUUUAAAAUUGCUUUUUUUUGUAAAUCCCCAAAGUUUUCUAAAGACUUGCCAAAAUUUGUAUAAAGACAACAAAAAUCGCGAAACUUCCUCACUUUUAGAUAGAAUAAUUUUAUUUGCCGAUAUGAUAAGGAUUUGUAAUAAUAAUGGUGCUGCAAUUUUAUGAAAGAAAAAAACACUGAAUAAAAAUUUGAAAAAUUUCCCUAAAAAAACAGACAA